GUCUUUCACGAGUGUAAAUAGAUUUUGGCGCCGAAAUUGAAGUCUGAGUGUUCGAUUCGCUAUUCCACAAGAAUUCUACGAGGUACGAAUAACUAUGGCGAAAUCCAGAAAAUGGAGGGAAGCAAUCAUUUGGAACUCCUUGAGAGAAUCAAGCGAGUCGACCAGAGAAAUCGGUGGACUGAAGAAUGUUUUAAGUGAUCUUAACAGAGGGGAAGGCCUCCGCGGGGGACAACGCCUGGAGAGGAAAAGAACAAUUCAACUACCCAGGUCUUUGGACAACGCCAGGCAUAUUUCAAAAUAGUUUUUACAUUUUAGGUCCAUGAAGCAGAUUAUUUGAACGGAGGGACUGCCCUUCAUCUUGCUGCUUCAAAUGGUCACUCCCGGUGCAUCAGGCUUCUUCUUGCUGAUUAUAUUCCAAGCAUGCCAAACUUUAGGGAUAUAAUGAGUAAAGUAACGGACGAUGAAGAAUCAAUCUCAGAGUUUGAUCAUAGGGCCUUGUCUCAGAUUAUUAACCAACCGGCAGAUGGUGGCAUUACCGCUCUACACAUGGCAGCCCUCAAUGGGCAAGUUGAAAGCGUGCAGUUACUUCUGGAAUUUGGGGCAUCUGUUUCUGAGGUGACUGUGGGCGAUGGAACCGUAAUUGAUCUUAUAGGUGCUGGGAGCACAGCUCUUCAUUAUGCUGCAUGCGGUGGUAAUGCCAAAUGUUGUCAAAUUUUGAUCGCCAGGGGUGCCAGUCUGACCACUGAAAAUGAAAAUGGUUGGACACCAUUGAUGGUUGCUCGCUCAUGGCAUAAAGGUUGGCUUGAGGACAUUCUCAGCACAGAGCCUAUAGACCGGCCAAAACUUACUCCCUCUCAUUACCUGUCGCUGCCCCUUAUGAGUAUUGCUCAAAUUGCUAGAGAAUAUGGAUGGAGUAGUAAAUCUGCCCCCGGAUGCCAGGAUCCAUGCGUUGUCUGUUUGGAGAGGAAGUGUGCGGUAGCUGCUGAAGGUUGCGAUCAUGAAUUCUGCACAAGAUGUGCCUUAUACCUCUGUUGUACAAACCGUGGAACAACCUUUGCUCGUGGCCCUCCAGGUUCAGUUUCUUGCUCCCUCUGCCGCAAUGGCAUAGUCUCUUUCGUUAAGCUUCCAGGUAAAGUACGCAUGGUUAAGGAGAUUGCAAGAACAAGCUUGUCACUUCCAAUAUGCCAAUGCUCUCAAGAGACACCAUCAAAACCUACCCCCUUAGCUACCCAGCUCCGAUCGCACGAGUUGUGUCGUGCUCAGGAUACUCCUCUGGGGGUUUCCUUUUGCUGCCUGAGACUUCCUUCAAUCAUUGCCUGCCGAAAAACUCCGGAUAUGUGCCACUCUUGAGUUCCAUGCUAUGCCAACCGGAACUUGCGGGAACCACUUGGCCACAUAUUGAAGGCCUGGGCUCCGGCAAUCAAGUUCUCAUGGGCCAUUCCCUUCUGGAGCUAAUCAUUAUGUAAUCCCUGGAGUGAAUGCCUGAUAAUAUUUGGAUCUUGUUUAUGCUUCUUUCAAUCUUUGUUGAUUAAAUUAUUUGAGAAUGAAAUUACCAACUUUUUACCUUUAAA